GAGAACUCUGUAAUGGCCAACAGAUUGGUCGAUUCUCAGAUUCAGCGUGCUCAAGAGGCAGAAGAGAUGUUUAGUCUCAAGCGCGAAUUGGCUUACGCUAAGCGACGCCUCCAGGUUCUCGAAGCUACUCGAUCUUCAACGAACGAUGGGCCCAACGAGCUGGCUCAUUUGGCUGCAACCUCAACCGCUUCUUCAAUAAUUUCCCCUACCGCCCCCUUCGGGGCGUACACCAGCUCCAACUUCUCCUCCGCAGAGACAAGUAGUCUUGCCGAGCUGCUAGGCUCCACUAGGCCUGAAUCUGAAGAGCAUAACGCCAAUUCACGACCGCCACAGUCUAUGCCUUUCCUUAAAACCCUGAUCAAUCUGGGUGUAACGCAGACCCGGCCGCGAGCAAGCACCACAACGCGUCUCUCCCAGCAAUUGAAUCACAAACCUCAACUACACGUUAGGACUCCUUCCAAGUCAACCGAGGCCAUAGUCAUAAGUGAGGUCAUGCAAGAGGCGAAUCUGUCCAGUCAAAUGGAACAGCAUGCUAGUGUGGAGGGUCUGGAUCAAGAAGAGGAGAAAGGGGAAAAAGAAAUAAUAGGAGCUAGGGAGACUUUUGGAGAGUUUGUGGAGGAGCGCCAGGCGGGUGAUGGGGACUCCCAGCCCAGUUUGGCUCUCGCUUCGUCUCCCAAGCAGCUGAAGGUCUGUCGAUUAUUGCACGAAAACUCUGAGCCCCUUAAUGGAGACGAGCCUGAUCCCCUUAAUGGUAAUAGUCGACUUGAAGAUGAUGCCAAUGUUGCCAAUAGCGAUGCCGUCUUCAGC